GAUACAUUACCCGCACAUGCGUACUGCAGCUCGGACGGUGACAGGAGGAGGAGGGGGAGAGGAGAGAGCUAAAAAAUGGCGGCGUUCCUGACCCAUCAGCAGAAAGUCUUACGGCUUUAUAAAAAAUCUCUGAGGCAUAUCGAGUCAUGGUGUGUUUUCAGAGAUAAGUACCGUUUCUACGCCUGCGUACUGAGGGCUCGCUUUGACGAGCAUAAGAAUGAGAAGGACAUGAUGAAGGCCUCCAAGCUGCUGAAAGCUGGAGAGGAGGAGUUCUGGGCGAAUCAGCAUCCUCAGCCCUACCUGUUCCCUGAUUCCCCCGGUGGAACCUCCUACGAGAGAUACGAGUGCUACAAGGUUCCCGAGUGGGUUCUGGAUCACUGGCACCCCUCUGAGAAGGCCCAGUAUCCUGAUUACUUCUCCAAGAGAGAGCAGUGGAAGAAGCUGCGAGCUCAGAGCUGGGAGAAGGAGGUGAAGCAGCUGCAGGAGGAGUCUCCCGCUGAUGGCAUCAGGACCGAGGCUCUUCCUCCGGCCCGUAAGGAAGGAGAUCUCCCCCCACUGUGGUGGCAGUUUGUGACCCGGCCCAGAGAGAGGCCCAUGUGAGAGAGCUGUGUGAAACACCCUGCAUUACAAAUCACACACACACACACACACACACACACACACACACACACUGCCUGCUCGGUCCUUCCACCUGAGAGCACUUCAUGACUUAGAGCAGAAACAUUACACACUCACCCAGACAUGUUUGUGUUUAAGCUUUACAGGAACAGCUAGACUCAGCAUGCUAAUGUACCAUGCUAACUGGUAGACAUUCACCAAGUUUGAGUCUGUGUGUGUAAGUGUGUGUGUGGAAUGUAAGUGUAGACUGUACAGACAUGUAUGGCACCCAGUGUGCUUAUGAUUCAAAUAAAUAAAUAAAUCUGUUAUUCAAA